AAACACUUACUCGGGUCGUCUGUUUGGAUUUGAGUUAGACCGUAACUUCGUCUACGGCUGCCCCCUCCUUCUAAACAGACAGUGCGAAUGUGGGUCAGCAGCCGAGAAAAGGACUUUGUUACUCGCAUCAACAGGCGCGACUUCAACCAAGUUUGCUCGGCAUUCUGUGAAGACUACGCCGGAGCUUGAAGGUGACUUCCUGUAGACCCAUUUACACGGGAGGAAAACCUUUGUGGGGGGAGAGAAAUCAUCCACCUGCAUCAUACUGGAGUCAGCAGGAUCAAAUAAUGGCUCGGGGAUCCCACGUUCCUUUGACGCUGCUCGCUGUGUGUUGUCUUACGUCUGCAGGGCCUCUGUUUCGUAGCCCAUGUGAGCUGCUGCCGGUGGGGAUGGGACACCCGGUGCAAACCGUCCUGAAGAGCUUCGCCGUCAUGUCAGGCUGUGCAAGCAGGGGCACUGCCAGGCUGCCUCAGGAGGUGCACGUCAUCAACCUGAGAGGACACGCUCCGGAGAUCCCAGACACUCCAGCAAACGUUGAGCUCCACCUGAAACCCAUCCAGUCGGUGCAGCAGCACCAGAAGCCCCUGGUCUUUGUGCUGAACUCCCCCCAACCACUGAUCUGGAAUGUCAAGGCAGAGAACCUGGCGCUGAGCAUCAAACAUACCUUUCAUGUUUCCCAGGGCUCGGAGGUCUACUUUACGCCGGAGAACGCCUCCCUCUUCACCCAGAUCCAGGAGCUGACCCUUCCCCACGGCAACGAGCACCUCCUCAACUGGGCCCAGAGGAAGUACGGGGCAGUCACCUCCUUCUCUGAGCUCAAGAUGACUCAAGCCAUCUACAUCAAAGUCGGAGAAGAUAAAGUGUUUCCUGACACCUGCAAGAUCGAUACCAAGUUCCUGUCUUUGAACUACUUGGGCAGCUAUGAAGAACUGCAGACCUCGAAAGGUUGUGUCCUGUCUGCUCCUGAGAAAAACAAAGAAGUCCACAUCCUUGAGCUGGAAGCCCCAAACUCCAGCAGCACUCUCCAGGUAGACGUCACAGUUGAUCUACGGCCUCUGAAGGAUGGUGACCUGGUGAUUCGUGAUGUUGUCUUGCUCCUCAAGAGCGCCAGGUCCGUCAACUGGGUCGUCAAAACUCUCGACGUGCACGGAAGGCUGGAUAUUCAUGCCUCCGACACAGUGAGCGUCAGCUCCCAGAUGUCGGUGUCAAAGUCACAGAAGCAGUCGCUGCCGUCAGGCUCGCAGGCCCUGAUCAAGUGGGCGCAGGAGCACGGCUACAGUCCAGUAACAUCGUUCACCAGCACUCCCCUGGCAAACCACUUCAACAUCCGGCUGAGAGCGCCAGAUGUGGUGGAUCUUCUGGAGAGCAAGUUGCCUCCUGAGUUCUCCAUCCUGCAGAAUUCCCGUCCCCUACCGGGGGCCGUACCGUCGCCGCGUCGCUCCGGCCCGCCCUUCCCAUUCCUCCCACACCUGCCCGACGGCGCCGGCGGCCGGCUCUGGGAGAGCAGGGAGAGCAGCGAGCCCAGCGAGCAGAAGGGCGUCCUGAGCGUGGGGCUCAGCGUGCAGUGUGAGGACGAGAGGAUGGUGGUCGUCAUCGACAAGGAGGCCCUGAAGGCGAGUGGCUUUCCUCACGCCAACCUGACGUUGAGAGAUCCAGAGUGCAAAGCAACGGUUAACGCCACCCACUACAUGCUGGAAACCAGCCUGACCGGCUGUCAGACGGUGGUCUUCCCCGUGCACGGCAGCCCCAUGGCCCUCCACAUCAACUCCGUCAUGAUCAGUCAGGCCGAGGCGAACGACGGGAGUGCUGGACCGCAGGACUACGAGGAUCUGGAAUUCGGAGAUGUGAUGUUCCCAAGAGGCCCGGCAGAGUCCGAGAGAAUAUCUGCAGAGGAAAGACAGCAGUCCUCUUUCGUAAAAUUCAACUGCACGUACAGGAAGCAGCCGGAGACACGCACGGGAGUCGUCUCAGGACCCGCUAAGCAGCCGGUCCAGAACAUCACCUUCAACAUCGACCUGUACAACACGCUGCCCUUCAACGAUCCUUCACGGCAGAACUUCUUCACAGUCGCACAAAACCAGCAGGUGUUUGUUGAGGUCACGUCCACGGCGUCAGAUCCAGAGCUCGGCUUCACCAUCAUGUCCUGCUUCAUCUCUCCCGACUCCAACCCCAGAAUAGAGUCGACAUACAAGCUCAUCGAGACAGUGUGCCGCGUAGACGAGUCGGUCGACUUCCACCCUCAGGAGAACUUUCUGGGCCUGCCUGCAAAGACGGAGAGGAAGCGUUUCAGCUUCAUCUUCAACUCAAAGUUCAACACGUCGCUCCUGUUCCUCCACUGCGAGGUGUCCCUGUGCUCCAGGAAAUCUCACGGGAACCAGAAGCUGCCACAGUGCAUGAGGCCCGGAGCGACCUGCCAUUCCCUCACCGGGGCCAGUAUCAUGAACAUGAUGGUGGGCGUGAAGGCGGCUAUGAAGCCGCUGUUCGUGGUCGACGUUCCCAACCAACCAGUUAAUCCUCCAGAUGAGCAGCCAGAGGACCCAGAGAAACCCCCUCCUGAAAGAACGCUGUAUCUGCUGGACACGCCGACAGUGGUGGGGAUCGCCUUCGCCGCCUUCGUGAUCGGCGCUCUCCUGACCGGAGCCCUGUGGUUCAUCUACUCACACACAGGAGAGUCAUCUGGCAUGCAGCCGGUCCAGAAGUCCCAGCCCGCCUCGGAGAACAGCAGUGCAGCUCACAGUAUUGGCAGCACGCAAAGCACGCCGUGCUCCAGCAGCAGCACGGCGUAGCCUGGAACGCCAGCGCAGCACGGCGUAGCCUGGAACGCCAGCGCAGCACGGGAAGGUUCCCGGUGACUGGUCUGUUCGUCUUGUAAAGUCUUCUUCAACACCCUCAGUCCUCGUGUAAAUUGGUGCCACUUCCCGUGUGCGCAGACUAAUGUACUGUCCUGGUGUUGUUGGUGGUAGCAGACACGGCUCGGCAGCCUCACCUCAUGUCUGAACAGAGGAAACACUUUAUUUCAGACAUGUUUGGGGUUUUUUUUUUUUUUUUUGGUUUGUUUUCUUUGUGCAAAUGCUGCUUUUUCUGACCACAGCACAGCUGUUUGUUUGGCCUGAAGCGGUUUGAGUUGUGCUGCAGAGAGCCGGCAGGCAUCAUGGAGCGGCGCAGGUGACAUGACACGUUCAUUUAAGGCCUUCAACCCAGAGACAAACAAAAGGAACAAAACAACCACUAGUAAAAUGUGGAGACACGUGCAUUACGAGAGCGAGUCCUCCUCCUGAACGAGUGACGGAACGGCUUUUAAAAGGCACCGAGGUGUCGAAUGUAUAACAGAAGAGCAAACGCCAAAAAAUGUGAAAGAAAAAUGUGAAAGACAUGCAGAGAAUAUUCCACAUUUUAUAACCUUUUAAAUAUAUAUGUUUUUUUAUCUGUAAUGCAUUCAUUCACAAGCAGAUUAGCAAAGUAUAUCCAGUAUACACAGAAGCUUCAGUAUGAGCCUGGUUUCUCCAUCGCUGCUCAUCCUCACAGAGCCGUGAUGGAUUCCCUUUUAGUGGCUUUCUCAGUGGAACAAUUGGUGUAGGGAAAUGUGCUUAUUUUCUUCACUGAGGAUUGAUAUGUCUCUUCUGUGUGUGUGUCACUGACGGAAGUGGACCCACAGUGAAGAGCCGUGCUUAGUAUGAUAAGGUAAGCCUAUUCCGCUUAACGCUCACAGCCAGCUAUUACUGCAGCCUCAUUUCCACCGCUGGAAAUCUGGAAACGGCAAACACACCAGGAAAUGAAGGCAUGCGAAUACAAAGCCGCUGCUGCACCGUGUCCUCUUAGAAACAUUUCAUCCUCCGCACUUACGAGAGGCAAUGAAAAGAAGAGCAGGCAAUGAAGAGAUGCAGAAAGGCUUUUGUGCAGCUGGUACUGCAUGAGUCCUACUUAAGAGAUCUCAGAUCUUCGAUUUCCUCCUCUCUGUUAAGAGUAAUAUGGCUUGGCCGUCGCUCUGGCUCUUUUGGCAUACGCAGACAUGGAGAAUCACUUCCUUUACACACACACACACACACACAGAGACACACACACACUCCUGCCGGCACCGCCACAGUGACUACCAAAGCCUCGUCAAAAUGUAUGAAAUGCUUAUUUUUCAGCCGUUAAUCCUGCAGCCAUCGGCAGUGAAAGUGCAGUAAACAGGUCCGCAUGAGUUAUUCACUCGGUCCCAUCUGACAUUUUCCACUUUGGAAGGAAAGUUUAUAUAAACACAUCUGCAGCAGAGCCAGGUGCAGAAACGACUCACCGCGUGUUAGUCUUUCCCCUUCUGUUGCCACGUGCAGAGCCGCGUCGCACCUGGCCACGCUGACCCAGACCAUCUCAAGCAUCACGCAUCUUAACAUCGCUAAGAGAGAAACACACACCCUUCCAGACCUGUAUAUUUGUGUGAAUGCUGUAAAUACAAAGAGCACUCGCUCAGUUUUCUCUGCUUUAUCAGCGGUGAUAAAACACUGCCUGUCCUUUAACAUACAUACAGGACUGUCUCAGAAAAUUAGAAUAUUGUGAUAAAGUUCUUUAUUUUCUGUAAUGCAAUUAAAAAAACAAAAAUGUCAUACAUUCUGGAUUCAUUACAAAUCAACUGAAAUAUUGCAAGCCUUUUAUUAUUUUAAUAUUGCUGAUUAUGGCUUACAGUUUAAGAUUAAGAUUCCCAGAAUAUUCAAAUUUUUUGAGAUAGGAUAUUUGAGUUUUCUCAAGCUGUAAACAAUGAAAAUCACAAUAUUCUAAUUUUCUGAGACAGUCCUGUAUCUGCAGUCCUUUUUGACAUCUGCGAGGCUCAGUAUGUGUCAGGGUCUCGCAUCGUCCACUAAUUGUCCUCCAAAAUGGAAAAAAACACAGUAUACCUCUCUUUUUUCCCCUCUCUCUCUACCAUUUUAAGAAGCAUCCAUUGUUAGGAUUUCCUUAUGCCAGUUGUUUUUGUGCAGAUCUUGGCACUGACAGUUUGUUGAAUAAGCUUUAGCCAAAACUCAUUGUUUUCAACAAGUUUUUCUCCAUCACCACAAACACGCCGCCGACUCUAGAAGAUGAAUGUUUGCUGUAUGUGCAUGAGAGUGUGUGUGGGGAACAAACUGGGGCUCUGAGAGGGAAGGGCGAGGGGACGUUUCCCUUCAGCCAAUCAACGGCGUCCCUCUUAAGAAGUAGAAAAAAAACCAUGUAUUAUCUCAGACUUUUGUAUUAUUCUUUUAUUCCUCAUGUAAACUUGUAUAAAGCUUGCUACAGAGACUAUAAAUAGGUAUAUUUGUGUAUAAAAUUAUAUUUUGCAAUAUAUUUGCAAGAGAAAUCUAUUAACUUUGUGUGUAAAUACUGUGAAAUGUGGAUUUGCUCAACAUGUUAGAAAAAUGUAUAUAAAUAAAUAUAAAUAUAUAAUAUUUGUGAAAGUUACACAUCAAAGAUCUAUUAAUGACUACAACACAAAACUUUCAGAGGCAGACUUUCUUAGUUACAUCCAACACCCAACUCUUUAAUAAAACUCUUUCAUGAAAUGAUGUUGCCUUAAUGCCUGUUAUGAUUGUGAUAUUAUAAUUAUUAUUAAUACAAUAAAUCAUAGUUAUAAAAAUAAAAUUGAAUUGAAUUGAACAUCACAGGAUUUUUAAAGAAACUGCAGCUGAAAAUAGAUUGCAGAUCCUCUUUUUUUUUUUUUUUUACACAACUGUAUGCGACGCAGCCGAUAAUGAGAUGCCAUAUUGAGAUUAAAGCGCUCUGACAUUCCUUUAGUUUUGCGGUUUAUUUCUAUCGGCAGCGGCAAAUCCACAUCCCUCUAGUAAUUAUCCUUUCCCUCCCUCCAGUCAUGCUGUUCAGCGGCUGAGCCUCGUGUCAUGUUUUAAUUCCAGUUUUCUCAUUUAAGACACAUUUGGGGCGUAUUAUUUCACAUAAAACAGCAAGUGUAAUAAAUUAGGAAGUUAAAAUACCAUUUUUCUUCCCUGAAUCCUGGGAAAGCUUCUGGCACAUCCCCCUUCUCCAUCCCGAACAACUGUGUUACCCUUUUGUUAUCACUGGGAAGUGAUGCUGAGCACCAGAGGAGCCUUGUAGCCGUCGUGGCUCCGCUCUGCAGAAGGUUUCACUGUAAUCGGAGCAGAAAUUCACAGAUCUAAUUGUUGAUUGUAUUUUUUUUAUUUUUAUUCUGUCUCUUUCUUUUUUUUUUUUUAAUAACCAUUUGACUACCUCACGAGUUAUUUUGAAUGUUUAAGAGUGCUUAUGUGUGAAUGUGUCCAUCAUUGUACUGCAGUUUUAUGAUUUAAGGGCCCCACCUUGGUUUUUUAAUCACACUUCCCCAUUUCAUUUAAGCUGCCGUUUCUUUUCAAUAAGAGUAAAAGCUAAAUGUGUCAAACUUACUUAUUGUUUUUUUUUUUAUACAACUUUUCAUUUGCUGUAAAUAUGCAUGACAUUUGUAAUCCCAUUAUGACCAAUAAAUAUCUCUUGUCCAGA